AUGUCGAGCAACUCAAUCAUAUCAUCCAGUGCCGAAGAUGCCUCCUCGCACUUCUCCCAUACGCUGGAGCGCUUGUCCUCGAAGCCUGGCGUUGUUGCAAGCCUCGUAAUCGAUCGCGCGUCCAACGCAUUGUUGAAAUCAACGGGUACAUUCUCCUUCUGGAGUGCGAGCACCUCGAACUCGACCCAAACAGCUGCUACGAAUGCUUCCUCUACGCCGAGUACCGCUACCGAAACUCCUUCGACCGACUCUACCUCGCAAUUCGCUUCUACGAUCAUCGGUUACGUCGACUCUACAGGAGCCCUUGUCCAGCAUAUGGACUCUGAGGAUGACCUGAAGCUACUACGCGUCCGAACGAAAAAGCAUGAGAUUGUCAUUGUUCCCGAUUCAAAAUUCAUCUUCGUCGUUGUUCACGAGAUCUCGAGCUGA